AUGGUUAGCCUCUGCCAAACUGUAAGCACUUAUAUGGAUUGGAUUGUGAGUAAAACAGGAGAGAAGCAACUAACAGAGAGACCCAAGGAGCAGAAUGAAAUGACAGAAUCACACCAGAGUGAUAACCAGGAGGGAACAGCCCAGGAAAGAGCAGAUGUGAUGGAUGUUGCUGGCAUCAACACAAGCACUAAAGAUAAGACAGAAACAGGACAGCAGUGUUCUUAUGUCCCACUAGAGAAGAUACCGUGUGAGCGAGAUUAUAGCAAAGUUGAUGAGUUAUCUGGAGGAGACUCUGAGUCAGAGGAGAGGGGGAGAGAGAGGGAUGAGUCAGUGCUGCCUCAUGUGGACCGGGAAGAUGAGUAUACAUCUACAGAGGAUCCAGGUAGAGAAGGCUGUUCAACGCUGGCAUUGUCCCAGGAGAGCAGGUCAAGAAGGUCAGGGUUCAGAGCUCCCUAUCUCAAUGAAAAGGAACAGACUGCUAAUGGAAGUAUCAGAGGGAACAGCUCAAGCGUGGUACUGGCCCAAGCAAGCACUUUUGGACAGAACUCCUCCUUAGUGCAAGAAAUGGCCUCAACUAUUAUUCAACCAAGUAAAGAACAAGCAGAAAGCAGUCUCUAUCUUUUUAAAGCCCCCCUGAUCCCUUCCUUCUCUUUCAAGAGGACACAGGAAGAUGCUCCCCCACCUUCUAAAAUUCACCUGCCAAAGCGCACUCCAAAGUUGGAGCCACUUCGUUCCUCUGAAGAAAGGGCAAAGGAUGAUAAUGGACUAAAGGGAGGUGAACUCAAAACAUCAACCCCUGAACUCUCUGCAACAUCGUUUCAGCCACAGAGUAAAGAAAGCCAUUCAAAUAGAUUAAGAGAAGUACAUAAAAAGCCACGCACCCCAAAGAAAAGCCAACAAAUGAAGCGGAGUGCAGCUGCAGAAAGCUGCUGUGAACCACCAAAGCACAAGCGAGCCAAACGUGAGCCUGAUCAGGGAAAAAAUGGUUUGAAAAUAUCACAAGUACUAGCUGAUGGUAAACGGCAGCACCCAUCUAGAGCUGGCUGUUUGACUGCAUUCUUGACAUCUGAUCCAAGAGUGAAGGAUUCUGGGAAAAUGAACUCGGAGGAGAGGAUGCAGAUUCUCGAGGAUGCUGGAAAAGCCAAAGUGUUAGCGCUAACCUUGGUUUACAGAGAUGGGACGACUCAGUUAGACCCUGAACAGAAACUCACUCCUCCAGUGUGUGGCCUUCUCGUUCUAAUGAAGAACAAUCUGGACUGCAGCUCACCAGAGGACUUGCUUGAGCCAAAUGACAGUCUGGUCUAUUUAAAUUUAGAGCACACACCUGCAUGGACUCAGCAGCACGCACACCAGAGACAGGAGCUCUUUACCAGGGAUAUGCUGCUACAGGUGUUAUCAGGAUCUCAACUGGUGGUGUGCUAUAAGGCCAAGGAUUUUCUGCGUACAGCUCUGCAGGUUUACAGACAAGACCUCAGCUGGAAACAAGUGGCAGGCUGUCAUAUCCAGGACCCACAGGUGUCAGGCUGGCUACUGGAUCCUGCAAACCCCUUCUCUUGCUAUCAAGAGCUUCUCAAAAAACACUAUGAAACACCCUGUGCAUCCCCUGCCCUUGGUACCAAGAAGGCUUCUCAGGUCAUUUCAUAUCUCUGUUCACUUCACUGGCUUAACAUGGAGCUUUGCUCUAAACUUCAGAGCCAGGGGCUGCGGGAGCUGUACUCAGACAUGGAGCUGAAAAUGAUUUCUGUUCUGGCCGCCAUGGAGAGUCACUGCAUCCAUGUGGACAAAGAAGCUCUUAAGAAAAUGUCAGACCUGCUGGGGACUAAGAUGAAGCAGUUGGAGCAGGAGGCUCACAGAGCAGCUGGACAAAUAUUCCUUGUCACCAGUAAUGCUCAGCUACGAACAGUCCUGUUUGAGAAGCUUUGCCUCCACGAGCACUGUGAGAACAAAAAACUUCCCAAGACCAUCAACCAGCAGCAGUCAACCUCAGAAGCUGCGUUGUUGCAGCUUCAGGACCUGCACCCUCUGCCAAAGAUCAUUCUGGAGUACAGACAGGUUCACAAAAUCAAGUCGACUUUUGUAGACGGGAUUCUCUCAUGCAUGAUGAGCAAGAACGACAUUUCCUCUUCAUGGCAUCAGACGAGUGCGGUGACAGGGAGAAUUUCAGCCAAGCACCCAAACUUCCAGGCCCUGCCAAGACAGCCGCUUCAAAUCACCAAGAAGCAGUACAUCCCAGGUAAGGAGGAGAAAGUGGUGACUAUUCAUCCUCGGGCAAUGUUUGUUCCACAGGAUGGGUGGACUUUUCUCUCUGCAGAUUUCUGCCAGGUGGAGCUGCGUCUGCUGGCUCACCUCUCCUGUGACCCUGAGCUGCUCCGCAUUUUCAUCAACCCGCAGGCUGACGUCUUUACCAUGCUGGCCUCUCAGUGGAAAGGGGUGAGUGAAGGUGAGGUGACCUCUGUGGACCGGGAACAUGCCAAACGAAUCGUCUACUCAGUAGUGUAUGGGGCAGGCCGUGAACGACUCUCAGGGAUUCUCAGUGUGAGCGCUGAGCAGGCCAGCAAAUUCCAGGACAGUUUCCUCCAAACCUACAGAGAAGUCCAGACCUUCAUCCAGAGGACCAUCCAGCAGUGCCACAAACAAGGUUAUGUUCUCUCCAUCAUGGGUCGUAGACGCACCCUUCCAAACAUAAACUCCACUGACUGGGGGAACCGCAUGCAGGCUGAGAGGCAGGCUGUCAACUUUGUGGUCCAAGGUUCUGCUGCUGAUCUCUGCAAGAUGGCCAUGAUAAGAAUUUUCAACCUGGUCUCCUCGUCCAGUUCUCUCUGUGCCAGGCUGCUCGCCCAGCUCCACGAUGAGCUUCUGUUUGAGGUGAAGGAUGCACAGGUGGAAGAGUUCGCAGCUCUGGUAAAAAGCACCAUGGAGUCCCUUCAGCAUAUUGACCAACUUGGAGUCCAUCUUAAGGUUCCCCUGAAGGUGGCGGUCUCCAGUGGCAAGUCUUGGGGAUCCAUGUCUGAGCUCAACAUCCCUCCAACAUCUUCCUCUCCUUCUCUCUGA